AUGCAGUUCGCUGCUGUGGAUUGCUACUUGCUACAGCAGAUUGUAGAGGCUGCAGUUCGCCGGAAGAUGGCCGUGAAAAAUGCAGCGGUACUCAAGGCUGCGGUUCGCCGGGAAAUAGCCGUGAAAAUCUGCAGCGGUUCUCUUGCAACAAUAUCUGCUAUUCAAAACGGAACCAACUUUAAGGAUUUGAAGGAAAAUAUUCUGAUCGUUUUAGGCUGCAUGGAUUUGGACCUUUGGGACAGGUCUAAUCACAUGAGUCUCAUGAUCAUUAAGCGUGACAUUCCGGAAGUCUUUAGGGGUGCGAUAUCUGAAGGGAUUACCAAGGCCAAAGAUUUCUUUACCGGAAUAGAAAAGCGUUUUCUUACAAAUGAUAAGGCGAAAACAAGCACUCUGCUACAAAGCUUGAUUUCCAUGAGGUACAAUGACAAAGGAAAUAUAAGGGAGUAUAUCAUGGAGAUGUCUAAACUUGCUUCAAAGCUUAAAGCAUUAAAGCUUGGCUUAUCAUAG